GGAAAUUAUUUUCACUUGAAGACUUGUGAUAUAGUUAUAGAUGCUCAUAUCACUUUCAGCCAUCCAGCAAGUUAUAGUAGCUGAAAUGGAAUUUGUGAUCGUUUCGUACUUCAUCUCAUUUCUUUGUGUGAUUCAGUAUUCAGAAUCGUUCAAUUGGACUUUACAACCAGCCAAUCCAACAUUGGUUAUAAAAGGAGAAGACAAGUCACUCACAUGGAAGUUCACUCUAACUGCUGAUGAACAGACUAAAAGCCAGACACUCUAUCUUAUUCAUUGGAAGAAGUUUAAUCUGGCAAAUUUAAAUUAUGAUGUGAUUGCUUCCACAACCUUUUUAAAUCUCGUUGGUGAAGCUAGUUACAGUGAACCCAGAGCCCCACAUAUUGAGAUUGUCAGAGGUGAUCAAGCCACAAUACUCAUAAAAAAUUUCAGGACAGAAGAUGAAGGAACAUACAAGAUUGAGUACAGUAUACAACUUGGUGGGAGUCCUAUUGCUUAUCAUGAAGUAAAUGCCACAGUUUUAGGUAAGUUGUUUACAUGUGAGGAGUUCUGUUUGAAGUUUUUUCUUAAUCUUUUGUGAGGC